AUCCUCCUUCCUACUACAUCCUACAAGUCUUUUUGAAGCCAUCUUCUUCACACAACAAUAAUUCUGUCUUUGUUUUCAAUCUUCAUCGUCUUCUCUUCCAUCUCCAAAAUUUCAGUGUAGUCCACAAUGUACCGUCAACGCGAAACUAACCCCUAUUUUCUUCCACCACAUGUUCCUCCACUUGAACAACAUGAACCACAACAUCCACCGUUCUCUUCUCAAUUUCCACCAGUGCUGCCUAACACAAAAGAUCAAACACCAGAACCAUAUUCUGCUGGUGACUCUUAUUUUCCAAGUCCAACAAUGCCAGUGUCAACAAGACAUUCCCAGCCACAGCUGCAUUCAGGACCACAACCACAUUCUGGUCAUGACUCGCAUUUACCAACACCAGUACCACCGCGACAUCAUCCACAUUCUGGUCAUGACUCUCACAUGCCAACACCAGUACCACCACGACAUCAGCCACAUUCAGGUUCUCGGCCACCUAGCCAACAUCAUCGUCACUCUUCAGGUCUAGUGAGAGUGCCUACAAGGCGUAAAACGAGGCCAUUUGCAUGGCUAGUGGCAGGUUUUUGUGCACUUUUCUGGGUCCUGGUAAUAGUAGCUGGCCUAGCAAUCCUCAUCAUCUAUCUUGUAUUUCGCCCAAGAAACCCAAAAUUCGACAUAACAAGUGCCACACUCAACGCAGCCUAUCUUGACAUGGGAUAUCUCCUCAAUGCUGAUAUUACUAUACUUGCAAACUUCACAAACCCAAACAAGAAAGGAAGAGUGGAUUUUCAUUACGCCAUUCUUGAUCUUUAUCAUGGUGGACACCUAUUGGCUUCCAGUUACAUAGACCCUUUCUCGACAAUGAGCCACGAGUCGAGGUUUCAAGAUGUUCACUUGGUGAGUAGCGAAGUUCGACUUCCUUUAGAAAACAGCCAAUCGCUGAAGAAGGAAGUGGAUAAUGGAAGAGUGAAGUUUGAAGUGAAGGGACUGUUUAGAGCAAGGUCUAAUUUAGGAAGCUUCCUUCAAUACUCCUACUGGUUGUAUAGUAGGUGCACUAUUGUAGUUACCAGCCCUCCAACUGGUGUCUUGAUUGGCAGAAAAUGCGUAACGAAACGCUAACAGUGCACAGAGUAUUUUGACUUCAAGAAAUGGCUUAAUUACUUGUGCUACGUUUUCAGUCACGUUUUGAUUCUCCAUUUUUUUUUCUUCUGUCAAAAGAUCUGAUUUGUACAAUCUGAUCUGGAGCUUUACCACCUCUGACUAUUCGUUGUACUUUCGUUUUUCGUCAAUACAAUCAAGAGGUUGUUAAAUCAAA